CCGCAUAAGAAAUCGACCAUGGAGCAAAUGGCAAAGACCAGUGCUAUGAUGCGUUCCGUUUGCAUAGGCAAAUAUAAGGCCAGCGUGGAUCUGGUAGAUGGACUCAGCAAUGGUCAAUUCGUCGACGUGAAGGAACUCAAGUGCUAUGCGAACUGCGUUCUGGAAAUGAUGCAAGCGAUGAAGAAAGGAAAAGUAAAUGCCGACAGUGCAAUUAAGCAGAUUGAAUUGCUCAUGCCGACAGAGAUCGCCGAUCCAACGAUAAUGGCAUUUGAUCUUUGCCGUGAUUCGGCAAACGGCAUCAAGAACCACUGUGAUGCUGCCUACGUUUUGCUGCAGUGUCUGCAUAAAAACAAUCCCAAGUAUUUCUUUGCCUAAUGCCAGCUUUAGUCGCACUGCGGUCAGAUUCAACCAUAAGAGACAAAUA